CAUCCCUCUGGCUUUUUAUGUCUACAUCAUCAGAGCCGGUCUGCGUUGUUGUUUACAUCUGUUUGUAUUUGCAUGGCCAGAUGUGCUCUCCGUUUGUGGACAGUUAGCUGGACGUUAAUGAUGGAGCUGUUCGCUGCUUUACGUACUGCGGUGGAUUUCACAUUACACGUAACGUUACGGAGAAUGGGCAUUCAAGAGGUUUCUGUGUAAUCUUAAGGUCACUGUCACUGUUAAUGGGCUUUCAACCGUUUUUCAACAAUAUCCUUAAAUUAACGUUUCACCUGACAGAAAGCUGAGACACAACAUCUCGCUGAUGUUUCAUAUUUGUAUUAGCUAACGUUAGCUAGUGAUUUGAAUGUAAUGUAAAGGCAGAAAUGCGGUAGUAGAAACCCUUUUUGUCGCCUGGUGCGAUCCUGUUUCGGUUUUCUUUCCUCCUCCUGGCUUUGGCACGUCUGUCACCUGAUUAACUUACAAGAGGAAAUUGACACCGAAAUGGAAGGCUGUAUCUUUUUGUUCUACCUCACGCAGGAGCUACAUAUAACUUUCUGAACGGACAAACCUGACGAUAAGUUGAUGAUUUAAAGGGAGUGACAUGUGAAAAAGGGAACCGAGAAUAGGUGUGUCGUCAUUCAGCUUCAACUUCUCCCAAAGUGGAGAAAACUCGUCAAACUUUAGCUGACUUAUUGCACUUAUUUUAGCACUGUCAGUGUAGCUUAUGAAGGCGCGUGUCGUGUAAACAGUCUCCCACGAGCCAUCAUGGCAGACACACAGAGGUCUCUGCCAGCCCUCAGGAGGCUCAGCUAUGCGGUGGGACACUUUCUGAACGACCUGUGUGCCUCCAUGUGGUUCACAUACCUACUGGUGUUCUACCACUCAGUGCUGGGAUUCCAAAACGAAUAUGCAGGUGUGCUGCUGCUAGUUGGGCAGAUAGCUGAUGCUAUCUGUACGCCUCUCAUUGGUUACGAGUCUGACCGAACCCCUGGCUGUGGCAACUAUGGCAAGAGGAAGACGUGGCAUUUAGUUGGUACACUGAGCGUGCUGCUGUCCUUUUCCUUCGUCUUCAAUCAGUGCCUGGGCUGUGACGCUCUCACCCCACAGUGGGCCAGCUUGACCUACUUCUCCCCAUUCAUUAUCGUCUUUCAGUUCGGCUGGGCUGCCACUCAGAUCUCCCACCUGUCUCUCAUUCCGGAGCUGGUCACCUGUGAGCACGCUAAAGUAGAGCUCACUGCAUACAGGUAUGCGUUCACAGUGAUAGCUAACAUCACAGUGUACGCAGUGGCUUACCUGCUGUUCCACGUCCAGGCCGGGGAGGGCGACGACCCGCUCAGUGAUGCUCUCGGACCGGCAGAUAUCCCCAUCUUCAGGAAUCUGGCGUUGAUCGUGCUGGGCAUCGGCGCCGUCUUCUCCCUCUUCUUCCACCUGGGAACCAUAGAGAGUAGGGCUGGAUUGGGAGAGGGGGCUGGAGGAGAGGAGGGGAGAAGGGAGAUGGAGGAGGAAGAGGAGGAGGGGGAGCGGAGACCCCUGCUUCCUCGCCCUCAGAUCUCCUCGUCUCUUCUACAGUGGAAAUGUUGGCUGCAGCAGCCCUCUUUUUACCAGGUGGCCUUACUCUACAUGUCCACCAGGUUAAUAGUCAAUCUGUCUCAGACCUACAUCUCAAUGUAUCUCAUCAACACUCUGCAUCUGCCGAAGAAGUUUAUUGCAACAAUCCCAUUAGUGAUGUACCUGAGUGGCUUCCUGUCCUCCUUCAUCAUAAAGCCUCUCAGUAAACAAAUUGGAAAAUGUCUCACCUACUUCGUGGGCCUGCUGCUGAUUCUGGCCUUCUCCUACUGGGUGCUGCUGGAUGACCAGAUGGGUCAGCAGGUGUACGGGGCUGCUGUGCUGCUGGGGGCGGGGUCAGCCACUAUCCUGGUCAUAUCGCUCGCCAUGACCGCCGAGCUCAUCGCCGAUCAGACGCAAAGUGGAGCGUUUGUGUACGGAGCCAUGAGUUUCACUGAUAAGUUGGCUAACGGAGUGGCUGUGAUGAUCAUUCAGGCCCUGCAUCCUUGCCAUACUGUGCUGUGCUGUCCGGCCUGCGUGUGGUUCUACCAUUACAUCAUGGUCUUAGUGACGGGAGGCGUGGCCGUUGUUGCAGCUUUGGCGCUCUGCUCCAUCCUCAUCUGGCCAAUCAGGAUCAGACCACGUGGUCUGCCAGGCAUCUCUGAGGAUGAAGCCAGAGUCAACUAACGCCCCCCUACAGCUGACACCCUAUCAGUACGAACAGGAAACUGGACAGUGGCUUUCACUUUUGUUUCUUGUUAUGAUUCAUCUUUAGUUUUUCAGGGAAACAGCGGGGAUUUCCUGCGGCACAAUGACCACUUCUGACUCAGCAGGGAGACCAGAGGAACUGAGAAGGGAUUAUUUUAACUGACAGUUGUGACCAUUUUUUAACCUAGCUCUGGUUUUCCUCCCAUUUUCCAAAAAAGUAGUUUUGUUCAAUCAUAGUAAAUAUAGAAACUGGCUGAUAUAUGUCCAUUAGAUUGUAGUGAAUUAGUGAGUAAUUCAACAGGCAGUAGUUGUCCUGACUCCAGCACUUUAUUAAUGGAUUUCCAGGCAGGAUAAUGCAAAUAGAGAGCAUAAGGUCUCCUACCUCUGGCUGUUUCUCUUACUAUGGGUUUAAACUGGAGCCAAAACAAUUAUUGACAGAAAGGUGACUACAUUUUAUGUAUUCAUUUUCACCAAUUUAACUAAACAUUAUUCACAAUACGAACAACAGCAAUUAAAAGGAAAAGUCAUAUAUAAUACAGUUAGACAAUAGCAACCAUAAAUGUCAUAAAUAUUAACUGUAGGAGUGUACGGCAGAGAUUCCAGGAUCAAUGCAAAAUAAACACAACUAAAACAGUAUAUAGGAGCAAAAUUAAAUGAACUAAUUCUAAUCAAAUAGCACUCAAAAUAAUAAAAAGGUUAGGACGUCUACUUAUUGCCACAUAGACCAAUUCACCACAUAACAUUAAUUACACAUUAAUGAAGGGAAACCAGAGUCAAUCGCAAUCCAUAUGAAGUGAAUCUUAGUUAAUCAGUUUGUAGACAAUCCACCACUAUUUUAGAUUUAACCAUUUUUCCAAGCAAAAAUUCAGCUGGAGAACAAAUGAAAAUGUUCAGACAGAAAGCGGAGUGGAUUUUCGCCUUGCUUGGUUUUCACACAUUUGAUUGCUGGAUCAUUUGUGUUUAAGGGCCAGUGUACCAACUCCCUCAUCUCUGUAUGUUUAUGAAGCAGGUUCUUUGAUCUGCAGGGAUUUUAUGUACAAAUGUUUCCUUAAGUUGAAACAUUUACAAGUUGUGUGGAUGCAUCCUGGUGUCAAUCCGGGCCGCAUCGGGCUAAUUUUCUGCCAAAGAGGUCGUAUUUUUCUGUUUUUCCUGUCAAUGGAAAGGUUUUAGCAAAAUGUUCGCUAACUAAUGUCCUCUGCUUCUGACAUUCUAACCCUAACCAUAACUCUCACUUCUAAUGAUUAAACCUCACCAACCAAACCAAUGAAGGCAACGAAUACUAGCCAAUCAAGGGCAGAGUAGGGCGGCUCAUGACUUCGUAUUAGCAUACAUUCAGUAUAUCUUUAGUAUUUUACGCUUCUCUAACCUUUAACUAUUUAACAUUAACCAGCGUCAAAAUGAAGAACAAUGAAGAAUCUUUUAAGUUUGUUAUGUUUGAUGUUUUCAGUGGUUAUGGCAUUAGUUAGCUAUAGCCUAGCAAACAAAUAAGACAAAUAAGGAGCUUUAAAGUGUUGUGAAGCAGCUAAAUGGCAAUUAUACAGAACUUUGGAAAAUGGUGAGAAAACAAGGUCCAGGUGCCAGUAGUCUUUAGUUAAACUUUAUGUGACUGCAUGUCUGCUGUGCUAAACAAUACAGAGGAAAGACUGACACGUAGAGUUCACGGCAGAUACGUCACAUGACUGUAGACAUUGGCUCACCUGGAGCGGAUCACCUCAGAAGGGAGGUGCUGUCCUGCUGCUUCACUAACGGACGUAAGAGCCGACAAAGGAUGAUGAAGGGAAGCACAUAGAGUAUGUGGUGUGUGUGAGGGAUCAGAAAUCGCCAAAGAACCAUUUUAAAUCCAGUGUCCUAACAGCUGAUGUCCUGUCCGUGCUUGACCACAUUAGCUAACUAAAUUCAUUUUUUCAAAGUGGAAUGCUUCAUUAAAGGGUCAUUCUUAUACAUAUCCCUCCACAGAAUGACACAUUGACAAACUACUACAUUUACACAUACGCGGGCUGUAAACUGUUUCUGAAAUCCAGGCCGCACAGGAAGUAAAGGAGAAUCAAGGCCUUGCUGCAACGCACAGAUGGCACUUCAACAAGAAGGUAUUGGAACCUUCCUCUGCCGAUUGAGGCAUUCACUGCAGUGGCUGUUGUCCAGUGGGUAUAAGGGCACUGGGAUACCUUGUGUUCGUGCCUCAUUGUUGUGGAUCAUUUAUAUAAAGCACUAUUUUAUGGAAUAACUAAUUAUUGUGAGAUUUCUAUUUGACUCAUUUUCCAUUGUACAUAGUUUGACCUUGAAACUUGAACAGCAGCACUUUAUUUGAUAUAAAAUGACUUUAAAGGGAUCAAUGCUAUAAUAUAUGUAUACAUAUGAUGUGUGAAUACUAAUAUAAGGGAAUCAUAGUGGUCAAUGAUCAGAGUAAGUAGUGGUACUGACUGGGAAUCUUGUGUGUUCAGUUCAGUAGUAGGGCUCUGAUAAUCCCUCAUCCAAACUUUAUCUUUUUACUUCAUUUUUAUGUUUGUUGCUCCAGUGACUUCUAUGACUGUGUGUUGGUGUUUAAUAAAGAGACACACAUUAAACAAGUUUCAAGAGGUGCAACUAAAAA